CCUCAUUCCCGCUCCGGUCGCCCGUGGAGACACCGGGAGCGGCGCUCGGACCAUUACACUGAUAAAAUCAAGGCAAGCUGGACAGGGAGCAAGUCUGCCUAUGUAGCAGAACUUCCCUGCUCCACUGAAAAUGUCAGGUAAAACAUCCACCACGACCAACAACAUCACCCAGGCCCGCAGGACCGUGCAGCAGCUCAGGAUAGAAGCCUCCAUCGAGAGGAUAAAGGUGUCCAAAGCCUCAGCAGACCUGAUGCUGUACUGUGAGGAGCACGCCAAGAAGGACCCUUUGCUCAUGGGAAUUCCAGCUUCUGAAAACCCUUUCAAGGACAAGAAAACCUGCAUUUUAUUAUAGGAUUGGGGUCAUCCCCUCCUGCCCAGCCCCUGCCAGGUCAGGGCCAAGCACCACCAAUCCCCCCAGGUACCUGCCCCCCCCCACCAUUCCCAGGCA